GCCGACCAACCGCCACCGGUAGUCCAGCCCUUCUCUUCUUACCAUAUCGGGCAUUUUUACGUUAUGUUGUUUUUACGUUAUGGAAUGACCAUGAUUUCUAACUUUACCAAAAUGUGACAAUUCGGUUAAUAUGGUUGAAUAGUUUCACUUCAUGGUGUUUCUGUAUUAAGGAUUUUUAUAUCCGAGUUAUGAGUAUAAGUUUAUUUCGACUCCAUAAUCAGCAAUAGACGAUAAAAUAAUUGAUAAAAACAAAAUAAAUAAAACUGAUUAUAGAAUCGGGAAAGCAAACGAAACCAAAAAAGUGUAGUACUAGAAUAUAGGCAUCACGUGCCUGAUCAGUACGGUAUGUUUUCAUGUGUAGAUUAUGAUCAAUAGCAUACUUACUUUUCAGUUUAAAUGAUUUGUACCUGAUAUUUAUCAUGGCCAUGUCAUUAAAAUCAAUCAAUAAUUUGGUUGAAGAGUUAUUACAAAGCAGACAAAAUUGUAACAAGAUUGUGGAUUUAAUCCCGCUAAUCAAUUUUGAAGAAAAGGAAGAAGUGUUGAAUGUUAUUUUGGAUGGCGUGGGCACAUACUUUUGCAAUGCUAUAUGUAACAAUGAGUUAACCAAACAAAAAGGAGUAUCUAAAGAAAUGUCGGAAUAUCAAGAAUGGAUCAAUAUUCGUUAUAAUGAAUGCCUUGCAAAAAUAGUGCUUCUGCUGGAUCACGAGUCUGAUAUUUUAAAGGAAAAAUGCAUAGUAACUGUUUUAAGAUUUAUGGAAAGUAAAAUUGGGGUCGCAUUGCAAAAAGACAAUGUUAGCUUUCCAGAAACAGAGUUAGAAUCGCUGAUCUGUGCAUUCAUAAUAAAUGAUACAUCCAAUCAUAUGCAAGAUGUUUGCAUGAAUAUUUGGAAACUCGAUGAUGUCAGAUAUUUUGCCCUCAAAUGUAUUACUAAAUGUUCAGCAGAAUGUCUUUCAAAAAUAGAAUUGAAGUCUAUGAUGCUGCAAAAUAUAUUCACUUUACUGAGUUCAAUAUCUGAAAGCAUGCCGACUGUCAUGGAUGAAACUAACUUACAUACUUUGGCUAAUAAUGGUGUUGAAAGAAUUUUUCCAGCGGUCAACAAAGAUCCAGCCGUCACUGAAAAGUAUCAGGACUCGUCAAUUCCAUUUCCUAAGGCGUUAGAUUUAAAAGAGCAAAGGAAAAUCUUUGGAAAUGCCUGGCUUGAGUUUUUGAAUUAUGAUUUGGAUAGUCAUCUUUUCAAAAGUGUCCUUGUGAUACUUCAGAAAUGUGUUAUACCAAAUUUUGCAAGCCCUUGUAUCCUGGCAGAUUUCCUUACACGUUCUUUCAACAAAGGAGGUGGUAUAGCUCUCUUGUCUUUACACAGCCUGUUUAUUCUAAUGAAUGAACAUAAUCUGGAAUAUCCAGAUUUUUACACUCAUUUAUACAGCAUGGUUCACCCAAGGGUAUUUGAUGCUAAAUAUCAGCCAAGAUUUUUUUUUCUUUUGGAUGUUUUCCUGUCAUCAACACAUUUGCCUGCAUAUUUGGUUGCAGCAUUUGCUAAAAGACUUUCACGAUUGACGUUAGUUGCACCAACCUGCGCGCAAGAAUUAUUGGUAAAUUUUAUUCAGACUUUAAUUGACAGACACCCUUCUAUAAAAAUUCUCAUAAACCAAAAUACCAAAGCCUUACAAAAGAAAGCUUUAGCUGGCGAUCCAUACUUGGAAGCAGAAGUUGAUCCUGCAAAAUGCAAAGCGAUGGAAAGCUCUUUAUGGGAAUUGACGGCUCUUUCAAAACAUUGUUCAUCUUCGGUAAGCGCUGCGAUAAAAAACAUUGACAAGGGACCAAAGCAGGACAUUACAGACUUGCUUGAAAAUACUUACGAAGAAAUGUUUGAUACACUUUGCGAGAAGGAAAUUGUAGACGCUCCUAUGAAUUACAGAGCGCCAAAAACAUUGUUCGGUGGAUUUGACGAUGCUGUAAUGGAACUAUGGUCAGUUUAGAAAAUAGGACUAUGCAAUAUCUUCUUAAACCUAAUCCCCAUAUCCCUUGUGCAUGAAAUAAAUAUUCUCACAGCUCAUUAGGUGAAUGUUGUAAUCGGAAGAACACAAUAAAAAUAAAUUAUAAUAUAUUCAAAAAUAUUCAUGGC